UUGUGUUUAAUCUCUCUGUUUUCUCCUCCUGCUUUCUGAUUCUGGGUUUAAUUUCCCCUAAAAAAUAACCAUAAAAAUUGAAUCCAUGUCGAAGAAGAGAAAAUCCGACGCUACCCGGCUGGACGAGAUGGAUCGGAGCAUGUACAACACCUUCUGUAGCGCUGCUAACUCGCUUUCGCAGCUUUAUUCUCAGGCCAUGAACCACCAGCGUGUCUCUUUCCAGGACGGGGAACGUCACGCUCUGGAGAAGCUUUUUCAAUGGAUUUUGAGACAGCAAGAAGAAGGGACAAGGGUGACAACAGCUGAUAUAGUUGCUCAUUUGCAAAAUGAACUUGAAUAUGGAGCAGAAGAGUCUCCAAUGUCCCCCAGGCCAUCAUUUCACCAAAGCCCUCAACCCGCGACGCACAUGAAUGCUUCGAGCGCUUCUCUUUUAUCUACCCCAAUUUCAGCAUCAACGAUUGGACAGGGAGCUCGUUCCGGGGAUUAUCGAGGAAAGAACCUGGAAUUCUCUAACGCAAUCCCGAACCCGGUUCAAGGCAGCCUUCAGCACUACCAGUCAGUCCACCAGGUUGGUUACCAUUCAAAUAAUGUCGUGUCUUCUUCUGCUGAUAGACCUCAAAAUGACGAGAUCAAUUAUAGUCACCAACAGAACGGGGAAGCCGAUUCCUCAAUCUUCAGUGAUUACAUGGACAUGCCUAUGCAUGGUGAUAGUCCAGUCUAUGAAUAACCCUUUCUGAAUUUCCCCCUCCGCGUUUUCGUUCAACCCUGGUUUAGAUUCAUUUGUUGCAAGGUCUAGCAAACUCUAAUUCGCUGCAUAUGUAUUGAAGUUAAAUGUUUAUGUAUCAUUGUAUUUUACAUUUAUUCAAUAUAGAUAUGGCAAUUUGUUUACAUGUA